CUUCGGUCAUAGCCUAACCAAACCCCUCUCGCUCGAUCCCUUUCGAAUUAUAAUUUCUUAAGCCACCACCUGGCAAUGGUGUAGCGCCGCGCGAGCGCAUCCACGCGCAUCCACUAUUUGAUUUCACGACCGUCUCGAUGCGAGCGGUACUGCCGGGGAGGCCCCCAACGAAGCUCCAGGCUUUCAGCACGGCGCUGUGGGAUGGGCUUCGCGUUGUGGCAUACAUCUCCGGCCAUGCACUGGUUAUCCUCGGCGGUCCGCAUCAGCUCCUACAAACGAUCUAUGUCGAUGAUACCGACGCCCUGGAGGCGGUGAUUAUCGAUGAAGUCUCGGGUAAGAUUGCUGUUUGUGGUGGGCCGGACGUGUUUAUCUAUCAGCCGUAUGGUGUUCAGUAUGGUACUUUGAAGUGGUCGCUAGUGCAAACGUUUCGCAGCGCCGAUGAUAAUGAGACGAUCCGUACCCUGUCCUGGGGCUCCUCCGAUGAGCUGCUGCUGGGUAACUCCCAUCUCACCCUCUGGUUCUUGAACGAUACCCCGCGGCAAGUCUGGAAGCAGAAGCUAGCGAAUCCGGUCAAGUUUGCGCGGUUCUCGCCCGACGCUACGCUGUUGGUCACCACGGGACAUUACGACCGUAUGCUGAAGGUGUGGCGACGACUCGCGUUCGGGACGGACAUUCGGUUUGAGGUGUCGUAUCUUCCUCAUCCGACGGUCAUUACUGGGAUACAUUGGCGGAGACCCUACCAUCGGGAGCAAUCUAUGGACAAUGUGUUCUAUACCUUAUGCGCGGACAAUAAGAUCCGCGUGUGGGCGACUAUCGAUCACCAUGCUCCGGCCGCCCUGCAACUGUGGGCGCAAAUCGAUAUGGCGACCUCAGUUCAACCGAGACAUGCGACGGACAAGCAUGAUACAACCCGCCGGUAUGGGUUUAUCGUUGAUAGUCGGGAUUUUUGUAUGGCCACCGAGCGAGCGGUGCAGAGGAGCACCGGGAACAAGGAUAAUCACACGCUGGAGCAUAUCAUUGAAGUUGCGAACAAGAGCCCAGAAGUUUGUGUGGUGAUUGACGGGCAAGGGCAUAUGUCGGCAUGGGCCUUGGAAGAUGUCGGAUCCAAGGCCAAAUCCGAAAUGAACAUGUUCAACAUUUUGCAUGUGGAGGGACUGAAUUUCGCUUUGAUGCCUGGAAUCUCGCAGGACGAAGAUUAUGCACAAUUAUAUGCAUUCCAAGGUGCAGAACCGGGCGACUCGAUCAGUGUCUUGGUCCACCAUUUUGACGGCCGCAUUGAGUGGUUUGAUUCGCCAGUUGAUGUGUUCUUCGAUCCCGCACCGCGCCAGAAUCGGAUAUCCAUGAAGGCAUCCUGGACUGGACACAACGGGCCCAUCAAGAAGAUUGUUCGUAAUGCCAUCGGCCAUACGCUGGCCUCGCGCACGGAUGACAACAAGGCGUUGAUCUGGAAACAAAAGCAACGAGAACAUGGCACGGUGCUUCUUCGCCAGAGCUCGUUGUACUCCGAGGAGCAUAUUCAUCGCAGCUGUGUGCUCGAAGACGGAGACUUUCUUGUCAACCUCCAUCACAAUGGAAUUUCUUUUUGGGAUAUCCGUCCGUUCCAUGCCAAGAAGUUGGCCGCUACGACGUUCCAACUGUCAAGCAAACCGCUGUGUGUCCUGCCGAUUCCUACUGCCGAGAAGAACGGGUUCGUAUAUGUCGCAACGAUCGGGGCCAGCAUGGAUGGAAUUGCCUGGGAAUUCCGACCCCCGACUGAGCAGACUCCAUGUCAGCUUCGGAAAUUCUGUACUUUUCAUUUGGGGAUUGAAGAAGACAUUACUUACAUAUUGCCCGUUGAUCCAGCUGGCCGCAAAGCCGAAAUGUCUGGAUUCUUUGACCUCUUCUCGCCGGAUAUCGCGCUCUCCUAUACCAAGACUGGUAUUGUCCGCACAUGGACGGCCAAGAUCGACAGGGAGAAGAGCCGCGUCGAAUGGCUGUUGACCUCGACGGUCGAGACGGGCAUUACGAACCCGUCCCUUGCCAGCGGAAGCUCCAUCAGGAAAGCUGCUCUGGUGGACGAAGACCGCACGCACUUGACGAUCUGGGACAUGAAUGAUGCGCAGCUGGAAUUUGAAGAGCAUUUCUCACCAGGCGAUAUCAUCCGCGACCUGGACUGGACGUCGACCCCAGACAUGCAAUCGAUCCUGGCCGUCGGGUUUCCGCAUAAAGUCAUCCUUCUUUCGCAGCUUCGUUAUGACUACCUUGACUCGCGCCCGUCAUGGACGCAGAUUCGCGAGAUCUGGAUCCGCGAUCUCACCCCACAUCCGAUCGGCGAUUCGUGCUGGUUGAGUAAUGGUUGUCUCGCCAUCGGGGCGGGGAACCAGCUGUUUGUUUAUGGCAAUGAUAUCGACUCGGCGGAUCACCUGGUCUCUCAGCUGCGCAUCCCAGCCCGCGGGUCGUCUACUGUUGAUCUAUUCGACGUCGUCAGUCGAUUGAAUGGGCCGCUGCCUGUCUUCCACCCGCAGUUCCUGGCACAGUGCAUCCUGAGUGGCAAGAACAAUCUGGUGCACUCUGUCCUUAUGAAUCUUCACCGGAAACUCAAAUUCCACACGGAGGGCGAUGACAUUGAUGGCUUCUUGGAUAUGCCUUUGGAAGAUUUCUAUGUGGAACAUGAUACCCCGCAACGAGCCACUUCUAAAGAGAUGAAUUCCUCAUACGCAGAUUUGUCUCUGGAGGAUGAGUCCACGGUCGUGGAUGAGAAUACUGCUGUGAUACUCAAUGAGAACCUGGCACGUUUCGCCCUACCGCAGCUGUCGAGUCAAGAGCAAUUCCGUCUUGUGGACACGAUUGAGUGUGUCGCGACUGUUGAAAAGCAUCGGCGCUCGAUGGAUGACAAUGCUGCCCGGUAUCUUCUCUUUUUCCGGCAGCAUAUGCUGCGCCGGACGCAAGGCGUGGCGAACAAAGACACGGUGUCCUGGCGAGAGAUCGUCUGGGCUUUUUACAGUGGCAGUCAGGACAUCCUGGUCGACCUUGUGUCCCGACAGUUCAGCGGCAAGUUGACGUGGAAAGCGGCUAGAGAGAGUGGGAUGUUCAUGUGGCUGUCGAAUGCUGCUGCCGUGCGGGCCCAACUGGAGGUUGUUGCUCGGAACGAGUAUACCAAGAGCGAAGACAAGAACCCGAUCGACUGCUCCUUGUACUACCUCGCUUUGAAGAAGAAGAACGUUCUUCAGGGUCUCUGGCGAAUGGCGCAUGGAAAUCGCGAGCAAGGUGCAACGCAACGACUGCUUGCCAACAACUUUCAGGAACAGCGAUGGAAGACGGCGGCUUUGAAGAACGCAUAUGCGUUGCUUGGAAAGCGAAGAUUCGAAUAUGCGGCCACUUUCUUCCUUCUUGCCGACCAUUUGCGGGAUGCUGCUUUAGUCUGCAUCAAUCAAGUCGGCGAUCUCCAGCUGGCCAUUGCCAUUACACGUGCGUAUGAGGGAGAUGACGGUCCCGUGUUGAAGGAAAUCCUGGAAGAAAAGGUCCUGCCGGAGGCUGCUGCUGACGGCAACCGGUGGAUGGCUUCGUGGGCUUUUUGGAUGCUGGGUCGUCGCGGCCAGGCCGUUCGGUCGCUGAUUUCCCCCGUCGAGUCACUUAUCCCUGAGACCCCGGCAUCUCCCGGCAGCCCCGGAAUCAUUCCCCUGCAGGCGAAGUCCUAUCUGUCCAACGACCCCGCCUUAGUCGUGCUCUACAAACAACUGCGCGAAAAGACGCUGCAGACCUUGAAAGGAGCUUCGAAGGUAUCUGCGCAGGCAGAAUGGAGCUUCAUCAUCCGCAAUGCCCGGUUAUACGACCGCAUGGGAUGCGAUCUACUAGCUCUUGAUUUGGUCCGCCACUGGGAGUUCCUAGGCGGACCUCCCUCGCCUCAACCCGCCAAAAACGCCCCGCUGGAACUGGACGACGGCGUGGACUAUCGCAAGAUGUUGCGACGACGAAGCAGUCUGGUGGUGGCCGACCUGCCGAUCAAGGAUGGCCUGCGACAGAGUAUCCAAGCGGCGGUGGCGCCGAAACCGAAACCGAAGCCCCCUCCGACGACGUUUCAGGAGCCGGAUGCGAACUCAUUGCUUGAUAGCUUCGGGUUCUAACGUGUCUGCGUGCAUAUGCCUAGUGAUUCUACAGGUGUAUGGAGUAGUUGCGGCCAUGGAUUCCUUCUAGCUUCUUGUAUAAUAUUAUGCAAUAUGAUCCAUACCCGACCAAGC